AUGAAGACGCUGGCCCUUCCACAGUGGGUGGAGCACCGACAAGUAGAUGCUGAUGACCUUUCACAGUCUUUCGCAGCGAGCAAGCAGUGGAUGGGAGCUUAUCCGGAGAUUGUACAGCUACCUGUAUCUAGCUCUGCUACCGGACAUGAGGCGCGUGGAAUGUCGCCAUCUUCAAUGCACAGUGCUUCAUCCAGUCGGUUCUCGCUACCCGGCGUUCAGGACCUUCCCGUCCCAGGCAGCGCCAUCCGUUCAGACCUCAACCACUGGGCUCAAGAACGCCCUCCCGGCCACGGCUCCAUCCUCGAGGAGAACCUCCCGCCACUGGACGUGGAUGGCGACGAUGAAGAAUCACAUUUCGUCAGUACGGGCGCGUUCAGUAGCCUUGCACUGAAGGAUCGUGCUUCCGUCGACCCGGCAAAGUCCAGUUUUGAGCGCGUGGCAAACCUCGCCUUCCGACAAGUAUCAGCCGAACCUAGACGGCCAGUCUAUUUCAUCAAGCACCCGUCGUUGCAAUACGGCCGAGGACCAGAUACUUCAAGGUCGGCACUGAAGUCCAUUGUGGCGAGGUGUAACAGGCUGGGAGACCGGUUGCCUCAAAUCGCCCUCGAGGCUUUCACCUCCAUCACACUCCCUUCCAUGCCCUUCAUCAACUCCAAGCGGCUAGUGGCUUCAUGUGAAGUGGGAGAGGCGGAUGCGUCAUUUCCACACGCCCUUGUUACGGGUAUCAUAGCCCAUGGUACGCCAUACAUGCCGAUUUUGCGCUCCAUUCACCGAGAUCUGUGGCGCGACACCCUGCUGGCGCUUGAGGACGAGUAUCGACAACCGCGACUGCGCACGAUUCAGCUCGAGCUGCUGAUUCGUACGUCCCGUCCGAGCGAGAAUACUGGACAGAGCGAGAUCGGUUUGGCGAGGGCGGUUGGAGCAGCUCAUCUCCUGGGCCUCCACAUGGACCCGACACAUUGGAACCUGCCAUUAUGGGAACGACGGACCAGGAAACGCAUCUGGUGGACACUCGUGAUCCACGACAAGUGGCGGGCCCUGUUCUUUGGUAGACCGAGCAAUAUCCACAGCAGCAACUACGACGUCUCCAUCCCCGACCUAAGUGACAGCGACUCUGGCAGUGAGAUGCCUAUCAACGAACAGUUGUCGUUUGAGUGCUUCAUCGCUACUUGUCAUCUCACAUCUAAGAUUGUCGAUACGUUAUUGACCAAUUUUUGCACUGUGCGAAGCCUCGCCGACCCGGCCUCGCAAGUCACGCGUCUGGCGGUGUUGGAGGAUGUCCGAGCCAAGCUGAAGCGGUUCGAAGAUGGCCUUACCGAGCCCCUGCGCGUGAAGCCGCUCCCUUCAAUGUCCGAGUCAAUGCCGACUGGCGUCUACUCGUUCCAGCUCUCACUCCUGGGUCUAGGCGUGGUCACCAACCGCCUUAUCCUCGACACCUUAUCCGACCAGCCUACCUCGCACGGCACGUUGGCCGUCCACAACGCUCUCCAGGCGUGCGAGCGCGUGGCACGCCUCAUCCUUGCCCUGACCCAGAGGGACUGUGACCUCUUCUGGAUACCAUACUCGUCUCUGCACAUCUCCAACACGGUCAGCCUGCUCCUCCGAAUCACCCUCACGGCUGGACGGGACAACAACACCGUCUACACCAGCGCCAUCGACUGGACGGUCCGCGUCCUCGACUGGCUCGUGACAAUGACGAAUAACUGGGACGUGGCGCAGGCCGCCCUGCGCCGUAUCGCCACCCCGCUGUCCGUUGCCAGUAGGGAAGUGCCAGAUUUCCAGGCCAGCUACCGCGCACUCGCCAAGGCGCUCGGUCUUCCCAUGGACGACGAGAGCAAUACGGCCGCAGACCACCUGCUCGAGACUCUGGGCAUUGACUUGUCGGGCGCCGACUGGCUCGAUUCCGACUUUUCGUGGCUCCUCCACUCGUCCGAUCUUAUGGGAUAUGACGGGCUGCCAGGUCGCGGAGAGGCUGCGUUCUAG